GAAGUAAAGAGCUGAGAGGUAGAGAGGUAGUCUAUAUGCACGAUUUCUGAGCCUAUACCAGAGCAUUUCAAGCAGAAGCUCAAAAAAUAAGUUACCAUGGCGAGAAAGUCGAGCACCGAGGAUCAUCACAAUCACCACCACAAGCACUCGAAGCACAAACACAAGCAUCACGGUAGCCGCCACCAUCACGGUCACGGGAAGCACAAGAAGAAGAAGCAUAAGCAUAAGAAGGGAGACGGGGACAGGGAGAGGAGCCAGACUCCUCAGCUCAAGGUGGACGAAAGGGAACUGCAGGCUGCGCUGGAGACACUGGAAGACGCUCUUAUAGAGCAAUGUGUGAGAUCAGACAGCAGUGGAGACGAAGAAAUCAGCGAUGCCCCACCCACCUCCCCAUCAAACCCCACCCACCACCCUCAACUAAACGAGAAACCCCUCAAUUCAAUAUCAUUAAAGGAACCCCUCGUUUCCAGGUCACUGGAGGAACCCCUCAAUUCCACUUCACUCAAGCAACCCCUCAGUUCCACUUCACCCAAGGAACCCCUUAAUUUCACUUCACCUAAGGAACCUUUUAAUUCCACUUCACCCAAAGAACCCCUCAAUUCCACAUCACUCAAGGAACCCCACAAUUCCACGUCACUCAGCGAACCCCUCAAUUCCACAUCACUCAAGGAACCCCUCAAUUCUACAUCACUCAGGAACCCCACAAUUCCACGUCACUCAGGGAACCCCACAAUUCCACGUCACUCAGGGAACCCCUCAAUUCCACGUCACUCAAAGAACACUCUACACAAUUAAAAAGUCUUGAACUGCUGCCAGAUACAAAGAAAGAUGACGCUACUGUGACGAGAGAAAGAACAGUUGCUGCAGAACUGCCUGUGUCCCAAGUUGAAGCAGAGGUUUUGGACUCUCACUGUGUUGAUAAUGGGUCACAGAGACUAGGAAAGGACUGUGUGUUGGAUGGUGAGAGAGAGAAAUUGACUGCAGCUCGAGAUCUGGGUGAAAGAGGGAGAGAGGAGAGAGGGAGGAAGGAGAGGGGAAAGAGAGAUGGGGAAUCGACUCACUGGAGAGGACUCUGCAGAGAGAGAGAAUAGGAAUGUUGGGGAGAGAGGUGAGACAGAAUCAUCUGACUCUGACGUGGGAAGCAGUGACCUGGACGACAUGCAAAUCAUUGGAAAAUCACUUGCCGCGAUACCCAAGAACAAGACAAUUCAAAUCAACAUUUCAGUCUCGUCUGACGUCCAAGCAACGUCAGCUGGGUGGUCAACAACUGAAACAGGCAGAGAAACAGGACUCAAUCAUGGGAAACUGUCUGUUUCCAGUCACUCCCCAGUUGCAGCAGACAACGGAGGAGGAGGAGAAGACACUGGGGGCAAUGACCCAGAAGAUGUGGUUUUGGGGGAGAGGAGUUGUCGGGAGGAGGACGAGGGAGAGGAGAGGAGGAGAGAGAAGAGGAGGAAGAGACAUUCAGGAAGUUAUGGUCACAGAAAGAGGCACAAGGAGGGUUCGAGGAAGAGAGACGGGUACUCUCGUCGAAGUGUGUCUCGAUCUCCCUCUCGCUCCCCUGCAAAGAGAAGACACUCAAGAUCACCCUCAAGGUCACGGAGGUCCAGUCCUCGUUCCAGACACAGACGGCAUUCCAGAUCAAGGUCUCAUUCCAGAUCCAGAUCCAGGUCUCCAUAUCAUUCCAGAAACAAGCGACAUCGUUUGAGGUCUCCAUACCGUUCCAGCAAGAGGGGGAGCCCCUAUCGCUUCAGGCAAUCUCGGGGCAGUAGGUACAGAGGGAGGAAGAGCCCAGGCUGGUUCCGGCGUCGCCAUCGGUCUCGAUCCCAUUCCAGAACCAGGUCCAGAUCUAGGUCCAGAUCUCCUCGAAGAAGUGACAGGAGAAGGAGGAGGAGGUCAUGUUCGAGUGACAGUCGCUCCAAAUCAAGAUCCCCAGACGAAGGAGAGGGGUGUGUGGGUCUAGUGGGAGAGGCCCAGGUGCAGGCUGUGGUGAAGGAGAUGGCUGCCAAGGUGAAGAAAGUCCACAUUGACAAGUUCACUGCCCUGUGCAAGAACCUGCAGAGGAGACAGGAGGUGGAGGAUGAGGGAGGAGACGAUGGAGCGUACGACAAUGACCCUCUGCCUGCACCGAGGGCACCAUUUGAGCUGACCAAGACUCCAGCCAACCAGUCUGGGCUGGUCCUCCACAACAACGCGUGGAAGACGCCAAAUCAGAUCGUAGCCGAGAGCAACAUGCUUCAGGCAGAGCGGCCAUUGCCCGAGAAGUUUCCCGUCUCGUCUGGGAUAGAACACCAGCAACAGGAGAACACGUUCGGACCUUCCAACACUGCAGCUGAUAUCAACGUUUUCUCGGGGACAAAGCCGACCAUGGGACUGGGUGAGCUGGCUCUGAAGAGAUUGGAGGCCAGUCAAAGACUGCAGCAGAACCCACUAGACCUUGAGGCCCAGCAAAUGCUGACUUUCGUCGAGAGCCAGGCAUCAGCAGCAAUAGUGAAACCAGGUCAAUAUACGGGGAGGAAACAACUGAAUGCUCUGACACCAGGCGAUCACAAGACUGGACUUCAAGCAUGGGUCAAAAAGGACAUGUUCAAGGGGUUGGCCCCCGUUCUGAGUGGGUUUGGGAUUAAGGUGAUGAAGAAGAUGGGUUGGAGCGAGGGUCAGCCGCUUGGGAAAAUGGGGAAGGGAGUGACUGAACCCAUCCCCAUGAGUGUCAAGAUCGACAGAGCUGGUCUGAGUACACAACAGGACAAGUCGCAGGCUAUUGUUCCAGCCUCCGCAAUCAAGGCCUCCUCCUCCACCUCAGACAAGUCUGCUCAUCUUGUCCAAGGUAAGCACCCCGUGUCAGCACUGCAGGAGAUCUGUGCCAAGAAGCACUGGGACCCACCUCACUACGAGCUGGUCACCAGUGCCGGCCCUUCACACAACAUGAACUUCCUCUACAAGGUGGUGCUGCCGUGUGGUUCGUUCCAGCCAGCUGUGGCCAGCACCAACAAGAAACAGGCCAAGGCUCAGGCCGCCCUAGCCUGCCUACAGGGAAUAGGACUGGUUGAAAAGUGAAAUUAUUCAUCUCGAUAAAAGUUCAUCUACCUUUGUUUAUAUCAAGAACAUAUCUGAAUAAUGAGAAGCAUAUCUUCUUGAGUACAUACAAGAACGAAUGCAACACAUUUUGACAGAGCAAGGAUGAGUCCAUGAGCUAUAUAUUACAAACAUCCCUCAUUAUGCAGAUAAAAGUAUGACCAAUACUCAAAAAGAGAGGUCAGCUUUAGCCUUGACAGCAGCAAGAGGUACUUUCAGUAGAGCUAGAGUUUGUUUAUAUUUCGCUUGCAACUGUGAUAAUUCUCUCCUGAACUCUGUUGAUUCAACGUCCAAUAUUCUAAAACUGCGUAACAUCUCGACCAGAGUGGAAAGAACCCUGAUCUUCUUCUCUUCGUGCUCUAGUGGUUUAGUUUUCAACAGUCGUAGCCAGGUCUCGGCAAAACCGAGAUAGUAGCCAACCUCCCACCCCACGUCAACCCCGUUAGCUUUGCCUGCUUCCGCUGCCUCCUUCAGUCCCUCUGCCACUCCGUGCCCGCGGCCCUCUCCAUAGCCCUGCUCCUGUAACCUGUCCUCAAUGAAAAGCAGAGACUCGAAAGGGUCAUCCUCGUCCAUUAUUUUCGCGCAU